GGUCUGUGACAGCAGCUAGAGGAGAGAGGGUGAACCGCAAACACGGGCAAACGUCUGUCUCUUCCCAGCAAUCACUCCUGUUUCUCCGUAUCAGGGGGAGGCUGUCCUUUCAGUGUCCUCCCCGGCUGUGGCAGCCUCUCUCACACAGAGGAUCGGUUAUGUGAUGGGUGUUGGAGCGGAGCCCGGAGAGGGAAGCGGGGUGAUGAUGAAGAGCAGGUUUCUGCCGCUGUCCGGGAAGUUCGGUAUCCACUUAUACACGACGCUCAGCGGGGAAUACAGGAGCCGCCGCUUUCACUGAGGGAUUAACAUUACUUCUUUGACUAAUUUGCUGUAGAUUUAUCGCAGUUUUGUCUUGUUUCUGAGCUGAAACGUGGUUUAAUGAUGCUCCAGCUCACCUUCGGAUCGUACAUGUUGCCUGGCUGAUACAGAGGCCGCCUCUGGAUUGUGGUUCUUCUAUGCCCAUAUUUGGAGCUAUUUGAGUAGGCAGUUAACAGGACGCCACACAUCCAGGUCAAAUGACCGUCUAAUGUCCCUGCUGAGAGUGACGAGCCUUACUGUGCCAUGGAAAAAGCAGGAUUCUACGGCCUCCUUUAUUACUUCAUUCUCCAUUCGCCCUUUAUGGUUUGUGCAAAUGCUGCAUUUACUGAAGUCCCCAAAGAUGUGAGCGUGGGGGAGGGAGAGGAUGUGGAGAUGCCCUGCGCCUUCAAGGCUGUCAGCUCCGCGCCCAUGUCUUUGGAGAUCCAAUGGUGGUACCUGAAGGAGGAUGUGCCUAAAGAACUGCCUCAUGAGCUGCAGAUCAGCGCUCCGGCCAACAGAGCCAAGGUCACUCCAAGGGAGGCCACAAAAAUAAGUACUGUGCGUGUUCAAGGCAACGCCAUAUCCCACCGCCUCAGCCUGUCCAAGGUGAAGAAGGAAGACGAGGGCGUGUACGAGUGUCGCGUGUCUGACCUGUGGGCCGACGAGACUCAGGAAUUUAUGGUUCGUGCCACGCUGCACGUCACGCCGGGUGAUGGCAUGGUGGCCGAGGAGGCCGUGUCGCACAUCCAGAACCGCUGGCCCCUGAGGAAUACCAACACGGCACUGGGAGGGGGCGGAGCGGGGAGGGCCACUUCAGAGCCCGGCCAGGGGCUGGCAGGAGGUCAGAGGUUAGGGCAGGGGAAGCACCGCGUGCCUCAGCAGGCCCAGCCUGGCCUCCUCCCGUCCAUCUCGUCCACCACCACCUCGGUGGCCAAGUCGUCAGCCUCACCACUGCCAGGGAACGCAGCCAUCCUCCGGCAGCAGCAUGGAGCUGGCUGCAGUGUGAUGAGCACCAUGGAUCCCCUCCUCUGCAUCACUCUCCUGUUCCUGCAUAAGCUACUCCCUUUCCUAUUGGCCCACUGAAGAGACUUCAACCAAAAUUAUGUUGACCUGCAACUUUCUCACUUUCUAUACCAAAAAACCCCCCAAAACAAGCAGCAGUCAGUGCCCACCAGGGCAGAAAGGGUCACAUUAAAUCGAUGAAUGCCGUUGCAACACAUCACUGCAGGGAGUGAAAGCACUGCAACAGAGGAUGGAGGAGUCGGACUGAUGAGACUAAAGAAAAGAAGGAUGCUCCUCAGACUGGAAACAGAGAUGGAAGAAGACUGUGGAGAAGGGAAAUGCUUACAGUGAAUGAUGGGAGCAUCGCUAAUGAUCCACACAGAUACAACGUGGCCACAUGAAGCGUUGCCUCAUAUUCUGCACCUGCUUCAUGCAUGGCCCUCCUCAAACAGUCCACACUCACAUUUCAGCAACACUGCAGCACUUCCACUGUCAGUUCUGUUCAUCUGACACAGAUGAACUCAGAUCACUUCAGUGUGACUCCUUUUGCUGAAUUCAACGUAGCCACUUUCAUUCGUUGGAAGCCAUUUUCCAUUUUAUCUCUCUGUUUUUUUCUUUGGAAGGGGCAGUUUGAUCAGCAUGACAGGUCGAUCAUUUGCAUAUUUUAAUGUAGCUGUGUCAGGCAUCUUCAUUAUACAGUCACUGUUAAUCCAGUGUGUUAGUCUGAUGUAUGCUAUGUCCAUCCCCCUCCUACACACACACACACACACACACACACACACAUUUUUGUUCUGAGCUAUGUUCCAUAAUGUAAACAACAAAAAAUAAGCUGAUAUAUUUUGAUUGAGAUAAGGCACACCUUACCAUUGUUGUCGUUAAUCACCUCCAAUAAUGUUUAUUUUUAUUAAAUAUAUGGUGAGUCAUUUCAUUUCUAUGAGACAAAAUGAUUUAUUGAUAACUUGCCAACCGCAGUUAAGAUGAAGGUUUAUUGUUUUUGUAAUAAAAGGUAGAUUUCAAAGGUUU